AUGAUUUGUUGCGGCGUAGCAUUUGUGUUUUUCCUUGGAAAUGUCAUAACCUGGCGGACCUUGGCGGUUAUCGGUGCUAUUCCAUCUCUUGUACACAUUAUAGGCCUAUUUUUUAUUCCAGAGUCUCCAAGGUGGCUGGCCAAAAUUGGUAGGCACAAGGACUUUGAAGCAGCUCUUCAGCGUCUGAGAGGAAAGCAUGCCGACAUAUCUCAAGAAGCAGCUGAAAUCAUGAAUUAUACAGAAAUGUUUCAGCACCACUCGGAAAAAGUCCUAGACUUGUUCCAAAAGAGAUAUGCUUACUCACUCAUAGUUGGAGUUGGGCUCAUGUCACUGCAACAACUUGGGGGUUCCUAUGCAAUAACAUUUUACGCAAGUUCUAUAUUUGUAGAUGCAGGUUUUCCAAGUGACAUUGGAACUAUAUCAUCGUCUCUCAUUGCGAUACCUGGUGUUGCACUGAGUGUGCUCUUAACAGACAAAGCUGGAAGAAGACCACUUCUAAUGGUUUCUGCAGGAGGAUUGUGCUUGUGUAACUUCCUUGUGGGCUUGGCAUUCUGCUUUCAGGACCUCAACUUGUGGAAGGAGGUCACUCCCAUUUUGGUGUACAUUAGCUUAUUGAUAUACCCCAUAAACGUUAAAGGUUCAGCUGGAAGCCUCUCGAGUUUGGUAAAAUGGUCUUGUGCUUGGAUAGUAACAUACACUUUCAAUUUCAUGAUGGACUGGAGCUCGGCAGGAACAUUCUUCAUCUUCUCAGCCAUUUGUGGCAUAACACUUCUGUUUGUAGCAAAGCUGGUGCCGGAGACUAAGGGGCGAACCCUAGAGGAAAUACAAGCAUCAAUUGCCCAUUUCCACUGACUGUAAGAUGAACCAUGUCUAUUCUACGCUGCCAAGGAAGAUCAAGUUUAUUCAAUCCAAAGGCUGGCUCUUAUUUCCAUUAUAAUUACCCGACUGGCAAGUGCAACCAUUCAGUCUCUUAUUUCCAUUUUAGUUCUUUAUUUAUUUAUUUAUUUCCAAACCAUGACU